GGGAAAGUGCGUUCACGUGACGUCAUUUGGAUGAUGGUGAGACGUUACUUGUGACUGUAACGAGCAUGGCUCUCGGUGCUAGCCACAGUGGCUGACAGGCCAGAUGCUUUAGACGGAACUUCAUCUCUCGUCUUGAUCGGCCCGUAUGAAGGACGCAAAAUAACGCAAAUGCUGUGCAAUACCACCUUGGGCCUUUGGAAUGGUUCAGCGCGCAGUUGCGACAGAAGUGGCCCACUGCACGGUGCAUGCUCUAUAUAUCCCACUCGACCGUGACUCUGCACGCCUCGGCAUGGCAAUCAACACCCCUCGAAUUCCUCGCGACGUCUAUGCAGAUACAACAUCGCACGUUCUGGUCCACCGCUUCCCGGUGUACGGUCAUCUGCUGAGUGCCCUCCCCCUCCGACUCCGAUCUCCGUCCGGCCUAUCCGACUCGAUUGGAACCAAGUCACCCGAUUUCCUGGCAGCUUGGUGAAGCUUUGCGCGCAUGAAGGUCCUCUAGACGCGUCGCAGUCUCCCUGCGGCAGGAUGUGUGUCUGUCUUUGUGUGGCGCUGGGCGAGAAACAUGAGACGGCUUGGCUUUCCGGAUGAUCCCCACGUGCGCUGAUGCAUUGCGCCCCUGCUCUCUGGGCUCUCGCCAGGCUACUUGAUCUCAAACGAACCCGGAGGCGACGCGAUGGUUGCUGUCGACUUCUCUCUCGCUUGGCGUGCGGCACUUGUGCUUCCUCAUGACUCAUGAGCGACUGCGUUUCGACUUGCUGUGGCUGAUAUCGCCAAAUCUGCGCUAGAAUGUCAACGGCGGCUCCAGCAGAGCUGAAUGGAUGGACCACUCUUGGUGACGUGUGCAUGCACAAUCAACGUCCCGUUUGCUGUAUCCAUUGGGCAACGAGUCCUUGUGUUACUGAAUGAGGAUGACCAUGGUGGACGUGCACAGGAGUCGCUGGCUUCCUUGUACGGAGUUUCAAAACAUCGCAACGAGAAUGUCCCCUCUGCCCUCGAGACAAUCCGGCAGCGCUGCGAACACCAGCGCAUGCCCAGCGGCGACGCGUUACAUCACAGCGGUCCCAGCCGCGAAUCUUAUACAAAGAGAUGGCAGGUGAAGGCGAAGCCGCCUUUCCAGUCAUGCUAUGUGCCUGGAUGCACCUGAAUGUGCUCUGACAUCACAGUGGCCCCUGAUCGGGCGAGAAAGCGGAGGAGGAGGAGGGGUUGGAAUGGGCAAGGCGUCGCCGUGUUUGGCGCGAGGCGGAAUCUCACGGCUAAUCCCUGGUAUCUGCGCUGUCGAGUCUAUGGAGUUCCACCAGACAGCUGUCGCGGAUAAGAACUAACGCGACACACACAGGGACAGCUCGCAGUCCACAGCUAUCAUUCCAAAAACGGCAAGUCAGAAGGCGGUGUCGCUUGUACACAGCCGGGCACUGACAUAUGCAGAUCAUGAAGCCCUGACGGUCUCGACUCUGGAGGCGGCUCAUGUAUGAAACGCCUAUCAGGCGCAAAUGAUCUUGAAACCCAAGCCAAGAGAGAGAGCCUCUGUGAUUCCGGUCGUGGGCAACCGUAUGCCACAGUCGCUGAUCUGGGCUUUGCAGCCUUUUGAGCCUCUCUGAGCCGACCUGGCUUGCUCGCGACCAUACUACGUCCAGCUGCGUAGCAUAAAGUUUGGCUUGCGCAGAUACGCCUGCGGCUGAUGUGCCGCCCCGUGCGACAGCUUCCAGUCGUCCAACCUUGUCUUGGCGAACGCGCCGAUGGAGAAUUUUCGGUCUGAUUGCCCGUUUGCACUCCCGUGAAUUGAUAUACUCGAGUAUACCUACCUCCCUCCUUGCACGCCGGACCUUUUUUUUUUUCAAAUUCACUCCACUCGCGAAUGAUUCUACGACGGGCGUCUCUGGUGAGGCCCCUCCUCGCGCUGUUCAUCGCAUCGUCGUUCGUGCUCUGGCUGUACAUCUGGGUCUUUGAUCCGCUGGCGAAACACGAGUGGUGGCGGAAAUUCAAGCUCGGGUGGACGUCGCCCGAUGCCGAGUUUGCGUUCGUGCAACAUCCCGAGGCGGCUGCGUUGGGGCAUCCCACGUUCGAGGAUGCGCGGAGGCACGAGUGGGACUUGCCGCAACACCAUCUCGCGCGCCUCGGCGCGAAGGCUGGUCCGCGACCCAAAUAUCUGUUUUUCAGUGCCGCAUCGUGGGGAUCCGGCUGGAACAACGUUUUGCAGGAGCAGCUGAUAAAUGCGCACCUGGCGUACGCUACGGACCGCGCCUACGUGUUCCCGUCGUUCACUCCGCGCGACCACCCUCCAUUUCCGGACAUUGUCGAUGACGGGGAGGGCCAGUCCCACCGCCGGUUCCUGGAGAUCCCGUUCACAGCGAUGUUGGCGGGCGCGAUUGGGGGUGGGCCGCUGUCGGCGGAUGGCACGAGCGACCCGCUGACACGGCGCUCGGUGUCGGAAGCGCACUGGGAUAUCGUGUGUCCCGUCUGGAGUCGGUAUUACAUCAACGUGAAAGACAUGCGCAAAGCUGAGCAUCACGAAGAACAUACGGACGCCGAGCAGAUCAUGGCUUACUGGGUGGACAAGCUCAGGAGGAUCAACACCCCGUGCGUCAGCCUCACGAAAUGGAGUGUCUUCGAUUACUUGCAAGUCGUCUUCGUGUUUCUCAUUUGGCUCCUUGCUGACUUGACGCGGCUCAGAAACAUCGGCGGACCGCAGAUUCUCAGCCUCUGGCCGACCGGCUACGGCGACUCACCGAUCCUCAAACACUUCGCCUGGUCCCCGCUCAUCACCCAAGCGCUCUCCGAAAACUGGGCGCUCCUCUCCAGCGUCCCCCCACCCCCAUCCCUCUCCACGGACCACUCGUCCGCAAACCCCUUGAUCCUCCACCCGCCCUACCCCGCCUCCUCUCCCUCAAUCCCGCACCUCCUCGCAGUGCACGUCCGCCGCGGGGACUACGAGGGCCACUGCCAGUUCCUCGCAGACGUCAACGCGCAGUACAACGCAUGGAACGCACUCGGCGAACCCGCACCCGCCCGGCCGAGCCCGCGCGCGGGCCUCCGCAGCGCGAUCCCGGCGAACUACACCUGGCCGCGCAUCCCGGACCACCUCGACGUGCGGGCGGGCGAGAGCGGCCGCGACGCGCGGCUGCGGCACUGCUGGCCGACGCUCGAGCAGAUCGUCGCGAAGGUGCGCGCCGUGCGGACGCGGGCACCUGGACUGGAGCGCGUGUACGUCGCGACGGACGGCGAGCGGGCGUGGGUGGGCGCGCUGGCGGCGCGGCUCAAGCGGGAUGGGUGGCGGGAGGUGGUCAGCUCGUUUGAUGUGCGGCUGAGCAGGGAGCAGUUUGCGGUGUCGCAGGCGGUGGAUAUGAGCGUUUUGGCGGCGGCUGAGGAGUUUAUUGGAGAUGGGUUUUCGUCGCUCUCCAGUAACGUCGUGCAGAUCAGGUUGGCUGCCGGUAAGGACGCGCAGACCAUUCACUUUUGGUGAACGUCCGCAUCGUGUCUAUUAAUGACACUACCUACCGAUCUCAGUAGAGAUUUCUCGACCCGGUCUUCUAUCAGAGAGUCCUUGUUGAGACAGUUGCAUCACGUGUUAGGAUUAUUCAUUUGAAUACACACGUGACCGCGUCUGAGACCCAAGUCAACAUCGCCCGUAGAUCUGCCCCCGCGGCGUGCUCACCAGGGGUGCAACUGUGAGGGUCAGUCAAGACUUACUAUGUGCACUAUCGUCCUCGGCCAUUGUUCUUCGGCUACCCAUGAUAUCGUAGACAAAUGUCGGACAAUAGGUUUCCUUUUUAGGCUUACAAUAGCUGAUCGCCGCACCCAUCCCGAUGUGGCUUUCUGAAGAAAGCAACCAGAGUGAGCCAUGACAAAACAAUCUCCCUCUUAUUCCUCGACCACAACAACUCCCAACGUCUCGACCUAAGUAUGCGUGUGCUCGACAACUCACCCCCAACCGCCGAUGCUCCCCUGGCGCUAGCGUUCUUCGACGGUCUGCAAGAUCCCGAAUGCGCGCGACUGAUAUUACGUGAGAGGUGGCGCCUCGAGACGCUGGUCCUAGUCUGCAAGAACGCACACGACAUCCCGUGCCUGGGCAACCCCUUCCCGGCGCUCGAGCGCCUGAUCGUGCGCCCGGACCCACCCGACCGGCUGCACAGCGGGGGCCUCCUGCGCGCGCUGCUCGAGCUGAUGGAGUACGCGCAGUCGCUGCGCCAGCUCGUGCUCGUCAACAUCCCCGCGGGCGCGUUCCCGCCGUCGAAAUACCCCCCACCGCCCGUGCCGAUGGAGGAGCUGGAGGAGAUCGUGCUGAGCAGCACGCGCACGGCGCAGGCGCGCUUCUGCGACGGCCGUGGGUCGCUCAGCAGCGCCGCGGCGAUCCUGCCGCACCUCGGCGCGCUGCCGCGCCUGGGGCGCCUGCGCAUGGACCACUUCGAUCUCGGGGCGGAGGGCUUCGCGCGCUUCGUGCGGGUGUCGCGCGCGCCGCUGACGAAGCUGACGGUGGCCGAGGGCCCGUUUGCGGAGAUGCUCGGCGCGUUCCACAUGCUGCCGGGGCUGCGGGUGCUCGAGAUGACGCGCGCGCGGCUGGACGAGAGCACGAAGACGGACGAUCUGAUCGUGCUGAACAACCUCGCGGCCAAUCCGCGGCUGCUUCCCGGACUGCGCGUCGUGCUGCUGAAGAUCUACCGCUGGAGGAAGCGGCAGCCGGUCCUCAGCCCGCUUGCGGUGUCGCAGAUGUAUGCCUUGCUCAAGCAGCGCAGGACGCUGUGCAUCAAAGUCACGCUGCGAUCUUCGAAGGAGGAGCAGUGUCUGAGCGCAUACGAGUUGGCGCGCAAGUCCGGCGACAGGCUGAAGAUUGUCCAUGAGUAUUACGACCCGCGGUAUGACUCUGAUUCGGGAUACUAGUCCUUCACAUAUGUAUAGAUUUCUAUAUACUAACUUAAAGUAUGUACCUAUAUUUAUAAUGUAAUGCAGAUCUUCC